UGUUGACAGCAGGUGGCAUUUGGUGUCUAAGAGGGCAAUGACAAUACCAUGUAUUUAUCGCUGUUGUUCUUGAUGAGUUUUAUAUGAGGGGACGGUUUAGUAGGUUAAUAUACUAGAGAAUCCUGUUUUCAGUCGCCUAUCUUGAAGCAUAUUUCUUGAUGUAAUCUGUAGCCUCUGCGUGACCGUUAUGCUACCAAAUGACCUUAAGCAUCAGGAGUCGUAUGGCCUUGCGGACAUGCAUGUUCUACAUCACGUUUUCGGUGGGCUACUUCGAGACCGCGUCGGAUGUUCCUGCCUAGUUAAAAUCAGUCAUUUGGACCACCUUGUCCUGACGGUUCGGGAUCUGGAAACGACCCAUUUUUAUUCCUCAGUAUUGGGAAUGCAAGUAGUCACAUUAAAGGGAGAUCGUAAAGCUUUGAGCUUUGGAGAGCAGAAAUUUAAUGUUCAUGAGAUUGGGAAAGAGUUAGAGCCAAAAGCUAAAGCCCCUACUCCUGGUUCAGCUGACCUCUAUCUCAUCACAAAGACUCCACUGGCAUCAGUUGCUGCCCAUCUGAAGGCAUGUGGUGUGAAUAUUGAGGAAGGACCGGUCGAGAGAACAGGAGCAUUAAGCCCUAUCACCUCCAUCUACUUCCGUGACCCUGACAGCAACCUAACUGAGAUCUCCAACUACAAUGACUAGGCCAGAGGAGGAAUGCUGAAACUGACCUCUUAUGUUAGGCCAGAGGAGGAAUGCUGAAACUGACCUCUUAUGUUUGGGCAGUGGUAGCUCAGUGGUUGAAGUACUUGACUUAUGAGGUUGCUGGUUGAAGUCCCACUACUGCCAAGUUGCCACUGUUGGGCCCCUGAGCAAGACCCUUAACCCUCAAUUGCUCAAGUUGUACUCACUCAUAAUUGUAAGUUGCUUUGGAUAAAAGCAUCAGAUAAAUGUAAAAUAUAUUUACAAUACAGACACUAAGCCUUUGAUUGUAACUGAAAAGAGGUGGUUACAGUAUUUUUAAAAUGUCCUUCAUACCUUUAGAUGGUUCCCUCUUUCUUAUGCAAUUUUAAGUCUGAGUCUUCUCACAUUAAGGACAGAAUCAGUUGCAUUUGCCAGGGCCUAAUAACUCUUGGGUUCCACCAACCUGCUUGUGUGCUAUUUAAAAUAGUGUGCAAAAAUCACUUCUGUUCAAAAGUGCUUUUGUUUAUGGAAAGUUCUUGUAUGGCAUAUCUAGUAGCAAAAGUUAAUAGCUGAAAAUAUUUUCAAGAUGAUGAAAAUGACCAAAUAAAAUCACAUUUUAAUUUAGAAAUGCUUUUCACCCAUUUUUAUAUUUUAUACUGCAUUUUGAAAAACAGUUAUGGGUGACUCAAAAUGUGUUAUAUGUAUGCAUGGUAGGAGAGGGUUGUCCCCAGAUUCUUCAGUGUUUUAAACGUGUGCUUCCAUGCCACAUCUCACACUGCCACGCUGUCAUGUCUCAAAGACCACCCGCCGCCUAGCUCCACAUCCUGAAACCCACUUUGCCUCUCAGUAACUGUAGUGUGCUAUAGAACUGAAUAAUAAUAUAAAGAUAGAAUAUAAUAAUGUAAUAUUAACUACACAUUUACAUAACAUUAUAGUUUGCUUUGUGCAUUUACUGAAGCAAUUCUAUGUCAGUCUCACAUCAUUGCAAUUAUACAAAUUUGAAGCCAUUUAGUGGAAGACUUGGAGUUUGCCUAUUCAUAUUGUUAUUAUAUAAUGUUAUUACACCAGGC